CGCGCAUGCUCCGCUCGGACGGGCGGCGGGCCCUGGGCGGGUCGCGGAGGCCGGCCUGCCCCGCCCCGUCCGCGCCGAGGCCGACUUCCCUUCCCCUUCCGGCGGGCGGGCGGCGAGCCCCGGAGUCUCUCCUGCGGCCGGGCCGGUGCCUGCGGUUCUCCGUGGCGAGCAUGGCCGGUCGGAGAAGCCGGGCCGCCCUCAGGCUCUGCGCCACAGUUGUUUUACUUGAUGUGGCUUUCUGUAAAGGAUUUGUGGAAGAUUUAGAUGAAUCGUUUAAAGAAAAUCGAAAAGAUGACAUUUGGCUUGUAGAUUUCUAUGCACCAUGGUGUGGCCAUUGUAAAAAACUGGAGCCCAUUUGGAAUGAAGUCGGCCAGGAGAUGAGAAGCAUUGGUUCUCCAGUUAAGGUUGGGAAGAUGGAUGCUACUUCCUAUUCCAGCAUUGCUUCAGAAUUUGGAGUUCGAGGUUAUCCAACAAUUAAGCUAUUAAAAGGAGACUUGGCAUAUAAUUACAGAGGGCCACGAACUAAAGAUGACAUUAUUGAAUUUGCUCACAGAGUAUCUGGGGCUUUAAUCCGGCCACUUCCAAGUCAGCAAAUGUUUGAACAUGUACGGAAGAGACAUCGUGUGUUUUUCGUUUAUAUAGGUGGAGAAUCACCUUUGAAAGAGAAGUUCGCUGACGCUGCCGCGGAGCUGAUUGUAUAUACGUACUUCUUUUCUGCCGCUGAGGAUGUCGUUCCUGAGUAUGUGACACUGAAAGAGAUGCCUGCUGUGCUUGUUUUCAAAGAUGGAACCUACUUCAUCUAUGAUGAGUAUGAAGAUGGUGAUCUGUCUGCAUGGAUCAAUCGGGAGAGAUUUCAGAAUUACCUUACAGUGGAUGGCUUCCUUUUGUAUGAACUUGGGGACACAGGAAAGCUUGUGGCUAUUGCAGUUAUUGAUGAGAAAAACACCUCAGUUGAACAUACCAGAUUAAAGUCAAUUAUUCAAGACGUUGCUAGAGAUUACAGAGACCGCUUCCAUAGGGAGUUUCAGUUUGGCCACAUGGAUGGAAAUGACUAUAUAAAUACCUUGUUGAUGGAUGAAUUGGCAGUCCCUACUGUGGUUGUGCUAAAUACUUCAAACCAACAAUAUUUUUUGCUGGACAGACAGAUUAAGGACACCGAAGACAUGGUCCAGUUCAUCAGUAACAUUUUGGAUGGCACAGUAGAGGCCCAAGGGGGCGAUAGCAUUUGGCAGAGAUUGAAGAGAAUAGUAUUUGAUGCCAAAUCUACCAUUGUGUCUAUAUUCAAGAGCUCCCCGCUCAUGGGCUGCUUUCUCUUUGGCCUGCCACUGGGUGUCAUCAGUAUCAUGUGUUAUGGAAUCUACUCAGCAGAGACCAAUGGGGGCUACAUAGAGGAACGGUAUGAAGUGUCAAAAAGUGAGACUGAAAGCCAAGAGCGGGUGGAAGGAAACCCGGAGCUGCGGGAGCCGAGCAGUGACGGGUCCCCAGUGCCAGCUGAGCAAGAGCCCAAGGAUGCGUUAGAGAAGAAGAAGGACUGAGACUUGCUGCUGUACAGUAUUUGAUAGCAUUUCAAAUUACUAAAGAGUCUAUUUAUUGAAUUUA